AUGGCUAACAUCCAAUAUCUGACUCAGAAAGAGAUUGACGAUUUUGUCACCCAACUGGACAAGGACAACGACGGAUGCAUAUCUUACCUUGAGCUCGAACAGAAGCUUGACCAUGUUUACAAGGAACUGCAGCCGGAAGCAAGAGCUCAUAAUCUGCACCAUGAGUCGCGCAAAGACACGCAGAGGCACGAAUUCUUGAGGUCCAUGCUUGGUACAGACAAGGACAAAAUCUCAGCCGAAGACUUUAAAGCUACGGUGAAGCAAUGGCAGAUCCCAAGCAUGGAACAGGAUCAGAAAGCUGAGAAGGAAGAGAACGACUAUCUCAAUAAUAUUUCAUGGCCCAGAAAAUUGAGAGCGAUGUGGGAAGUCGAGGGCCCCGAGUAUUGCUUCAUUGCUUUCGUGGUCAGUGCCCAGAUUGCACUAGGAGUAUGGCAAUGCCUCAAAUAUGCCACUGGCCCUCAGUUUCAAGCAGCUUUUGGCUGGGGCGUGGCCUUGGCCAAGUUCAGUGCAGGUGCUCUCUACCCUACUUUGUUCUUUCUCAUCCUCAGCAUGUCGAGGUGGUUUCAAACCUUUAUUCGCCGCUUCUAUUAUGUCAGCCGCUUUAUCAACUCGGACAAAAGUCAAUCCUUCCAUAUCUACAUCUCAAUAUGCGCUCUCUGCCUAGCUACCCUCCAUGCUAUUGGACACCUUAGCGGCACCUUCGUUUUUGGAUCACGACAAAAUCGUCAACCAGCUGUUGCAGCACUUCUAGGUCCCGACGCUGUUCCACGGCCUUAUGUCGCUUAUAUUCGUGCUGUACCUGGCUGGACUGGCUUAACAGCCUUGGGGCUCUUCUAUGUCAUUGGUCUCCUCUCCAUGCCGCGAGUCCGGACAAAGUCGUAUGAACUCUUUCAGCUUGGUCACCUCCUAAUGUAUCCAUUCAUUGGUUUGCUCAUGGCUCAUGGCUCUCUUGGCUUGUUGCAGUUCCCUGUCCUGGGCAUAAUACUUGCUUUCCCUGCCCUGCUCAUCCUCAGUGAAAGGUUGACUCGAUUCUUUUCAGCCUUCCAGAAGAUCCCAGCUAAGCUCGAGGUACUUGACGAAGAGACAGUGGUGAUUACUUGCACGAUUCCUGAUCGACGCAUUUGGAGAUACGAAGCUGGACAAUACGUGUUCCUGUGUGUGCAACAAAUUUCAUCCUUCCAGUGGCAUCCAUUUACGAUCUCGACUUGCACUGGUCGGGAAAUGCAACUGCACAUAAAGACAGACGGUAACUGGACCUCGAAGUUACGUGACCUGAAAUUGGAGUACGUUGGUAUUGAUGGUCCGUUCGGAGCUCCUGCUCAAAGGUUUUACGACUUCGAUCAGACAAUCAUCGUCGGCGCUGGCAUCGGCGUAACACCUUUCAGCGGUAUCCUCACUGAUCUCCAGACGCGCGAAGACAACCGAUGGGCCCAGCGACGGGACUCUACCUCUACCAACAAUUCAUCGUCGUCGGAUGAAAGUGAGGUCACAGCUAUCACGCAGUCGCACGGUCCCACCAUGACCGAGAAGACAACAUCACCACUUCCACGCAACGAUAACGGCAACGAAACACCACCUCAAUUGUCAUCUCACACACCUGGUUCAAAAGCCAACCCGGCUUCAGAUGCUCAGACAGAAAAGGGAAGUCGUGGUGCUAUUAAGAAUGAACUUACAGACCUGUCGCAUUAUCGUCGCACAGACUUUCACUGGAUCGUCAAGGACAAGAACUACCUGCUCUGGUUUUCUAGUCUCCUUAACGAACUCUCCAAUGAGAAGCACUCCCCCAACUUCGACAUCCGUAUUCAUCCACAUCUUACAAAAAAAUUCAAAUCACCACCCAUUUCACUGCAUAUCUACCGAUGCCUUCUCGAAAAGCACAGAACAGAGACUCAGCCUAUGUCACCUCUUACUGGCCUUGUAGCACCAACACACUUUGGACGGCCUGAUUUUCCAACCAUCAUGAACGAGCAUUAUGAAGAAAUGUUGCAGCUCUUUGCCAAAGAUCCUCAACGCAGACGAAGAGUUGGUGUGUUCUUCUGCGGCACUCCUGUGAUUGGCGCCCAGCUUGCCGAUUUGUGCCACCAGAUGACUUUAAGGGGACGGGAAGACAAAUCUGAGAUUGAGUAUUUCUUCCAGAUAGAGGUAUUUGGUUGA